CGCUUGCGCAAGAUGAUGAAAUAAUCGCUGGUAGUGGUAAUAUAACGACGGCGCUACAAGAGCAGGAGAACUUGCAAGAAGAAGUGUUGGACGUGGAGCGGGGCCGGACGAAAGGCGGAGCUGAGCCGGAGGAGUCCGUGUCGGUCGGAGAAGUUAUGGCGCUUUCGGAAACGGACCGGCUGGUAAACCUGGCACUCACCUCGUGUGAACUGGAAGGUCAGAAGGAGGAUGGAAAUUUUUUUAUGGAAGAUGUUGGCGCGAAGAAUGACACCACCCCGGCUUCUGGGCAGGAGAAGGAGAUCCAUGAUGGAGAGGACGCGGCAGCGCGUGGUCCUUCUGACACACCUGCUGCGGAUAUGAUAAUUACCGAAGACUACACGACCAUCUCCGACGUUGGCGCGCCAGAGGGGCUUCGGCAGAGACGAGGAUCUGCAGCUGCGGAUCUACUUCCAGCCGCCGAGUCGGCAAACGGUGCUUCGACCGCGACCGCCGACGCCGAUGAGGACAACAAAGACCAUCCGGUGGAUGUAUCCAAGCCCUCUACUAUCCUGCGGAAAAACCUCCCCAACCCAGAGUUGUCAUGCAAAUCUGCAAGCCUCAUCCUCAAACGUUUGUCAUGCAGAGCCCCAUGUUGAAGAGCAUUCUGUAAUGCUGUCUGGCAGUGCGUCAUGCUAGAAGCAGCAUAAGGGGAUCGAUUUGUGAUGCAGCUACACUAGCUAAACGCGAUGACGCGGCGAGCCCAAACUUGUCUUGCGCGACAGCCAAAAGAUGCUCGCUUUGUGUAGCCAAAUCCCCAUCUUGACUAUGGGGUGGGGACGUUUUUUCAUAGAAUAUCUACCACGUUUUUCGGUUCGCUGUGGGCCAGGAUGUUCUACUCCAGUGGAGCAAGCGGAGGUACUACUACCACGGCGAGCGCAGGAACAUCGGCCCCUGCGAAUGAAGACGAGGAAGCAGCGCCACUGCUUGUGGAAGACCGCGCAGCAGGAGUCCCGGGGGAAGAUGAAGCGACGGGGGGCGGAUUAUACCCGGCAG